AUGGCCCGGAUCCUCCUUUCUCCCACCACAGCCGGCUCCCGGUUUCCGGCACCCUUGGGAGAUGCUAGAGGCUCCCUCCAGGGCAGGCGACACAGGCUGCUGGGUCCUGACCUGCCAGCGCCCCCCCCACCCCACCCCCCGCCCUGCCGCCCCACCGCUGGAACGUGGACUUCAGAGCCAGGAAAAGUCAACAGAGUCCAGACAGAGAGGAGGCCUGUGACUGCUGAGUGCCCAACCAAUUCCCAAUUCCCCAAACACCAUGAAAAAGAAAUCUUUGAAGAAAUCGAAACUACCCGGGAGGGGAGAGCCCUGAGCAGCCCCAGCAUCCGGACCGCAGCAUCUCCGUCUCGCACCAUGAACCGCAAUGCCCAGCCCUUCCUUCCUGGCACCCACGCUGGUGUCCCCCCAACUUAUGAGAUGCUCAAGGAGGAGCAUGAGGUGGCGGUACUCGGGGGGCCCCAGAGCCCAGCUCCCAUGGCCACCACCGUGAUCAACAUCCAGACUGAGACGUCCGUGCCCGACCACAUCGUCUGGUCCCUGUUCAACACAAUCUUCAUGAACUGGUGCUGCCUGGGCUUCGUGGCCUUUGCCUACUCCGUGAAGUCUAGGGACCGGAAGAUGGUGGGUGACGUGAUCGGGGCCCAGACCUAUGCCUCCACCGCCAAGUGCCUGAACAUCUGGGCUCUGGUCUUGGGCCUCCUUCUCACCCUUACGUUCAUCAUUCUUUUCUUCACUGGCUCACUGGUGGUUUUCCAAGCAAUUUCAGAAAUGAUGAAAGGUUAUGGAGGGUACUAGCAGUUGUCCAUGGCCUGAGGCCGUCACUCCUGUCACAGCAUUUUGUAUACACGUCAGUCUACAACUGAAUUCAAUAAAGCGUGUGUGUGUGUGUG